AUGAUCUUCAAUCCGAGUUUCUCAUUUGAUACUUCAGAUGCUCGACCUGUUGUAGAUGUUCAAGAUACGUCUUCCGCUCCCAUACCGAUCACUAGAUUAGUGGAUACCUUGAUAGAAACUUAUCGUAAAGAAAUAGAUCCUGAUGAAGACAAUGAAGCAUGCAGCACCAUUAUUCCACCUGAAAUCUCAGAAGAUCAAGGUUGUGUAACCCAAUUCACAGACGUUGUCCGAGAGAAGACUAGUCGUGUUCUCAAAAAGAAAGAUGAACCAGAAAAGUUUAAUUUCACCAAGGCUGUUACGAAAUACAAACAAGUCUCAUCAUUCAUGGAACUUAAUUUAGCUAAACCAUUACUUAAGUCGCUUACUGAAAUGUCUUUAGACAAACCAACUCCUGUUCAAUGUGCAUGCAUUCCUGUGGCUCUCCUUCAUCAUGAUAUAUGUGCAUGUGCUAGAACAGGUUCCGGUAAAACACUAGCUUUCCUGCUACCGAUUCUGGAAAGGUUAACAAAAAAGCCUUCUGACUUUAACCAUGCUAUUACUCGAGCACUUGUGAUCAGCCCAACUAGGGAGUUAGCUGUACAGAUUUUCAAUGUUGCUGAGAAGCUCGUUAAAUACUGUCCGAAGAUCAGGGUUCAGUUAGCUGCUGGAGGGCUUGAUUUACACUCUCAAGAAGCUUCCUUACGUUUAAGCCCAGACUUGGUUAUUGCUACACCAGGACGUUUAAUCGACCAUUUGUCAAAUGCUCCCAGUUUCAACCUACAACACAUUGAGUACUUAGUGUUGGAUGAGGCUGACAAACUUUUAGAUGAAUAUUUCACGGAGCAAAUUGCCGAAAUUGUCAAAUUCUGCAGUACAAAACGUCAAACUUUAUUAUUUUCUGCCACAAUGACAGAAAGUGUUAACGAACUUGCUAUACUUUCACUUCGGGAUCCAGUGCAAGUGUUUCUAAAUCAAGCUACUGCCUUGGCUCAACGUUUACACCAGGAGUUUGUUCGUGUUCGUCCACACAGAGAAGAGGAUCGAAAGGCAAUUGUUGUUGCAUUGCUUAUGCGUUAUUUUCGUCAACGAACUAUAGUAUUCUUACCAACUAAGAAAGAAUGUCAUAAUAUGCAUAUUCUUUUGGGUUUACUUGGUCUUUCUUGUACAGAGUUACACGGUAAUAUGACUCAAGCACAACGCUUAGAAGCUUUAAAACGUUUCUCUAGAAUUGAUGAAACUGACAGCAGUAAAACAGAAGGUGCAUCUAAAAAGACUGUUGAAAAAGACAAUUCUGAUGCACCGCCUGUUGAUAUUCUUCUAGCAACUGACUUAGCAUCUAGAGGCUUAGAUAUCCCUAAUGUGCAGACGGUUAUAAAUUAUACUCUACCUCCAACUAUGAGACAGUAUGUGCAUAGAGUUGGUCGUACAGCAAGGAUUAUGAAUGUCGGUCGCGCAGUAUCCUUGGUUGGAGAAGACGAUAGGAAAUUACUAAAGCAAAUUAUGAAAGAAGCUCCAUAUCCUGUUAAAGCAAGAGUUAUCCCAUCAGAUGUUAUUGCUAGUUUUCAUUCUAAAAUUAAUCGUUUGGAACCUAUUAUUGGGAAGAUUUUGGCUGCAGAAACUGAAGAACGAGAGUUAAGGGCUGCUCAAACUCAAUUAUCAAAAGCUGAAGAAUUGGCAUCCAAUUUAAAGUCAGGGUUGAUGCCGACAUCCUGCGUAGAAAGACGGGUGGAUUGGUUCGCUGAACGGAAACGUGGACAAAUAGCUAUUGGUCGAAAAUCCAGGAUGCCCAAACCGAAAAAACGUAAACCUACUUCUGAUAGUGACUCUGAUUAA